CAACUUUACGUGACACAUCAAAUUUGAUAUCUGAAGGAUUAAAGUGAAGUGGAAAGAAGAAGUGAAACCCCUAACAAUGGACACUCACGGCGGUGGGCCCCUCCGUUCUCGGAGUUCACAGUCCCCUUCUCCGUCGCACUCCGCCUCCGCCUCCGCCACCUCAUCAAUCCACAAGCGCAAGCUCGUCUCUGAGGACCACGUGCCUCCCUUCCCCCCUUCCUCCUUCUCCGCCGACACCCGCGACGGCGCCCUCACCUCCAACGACGACCUUGAGAGCAUCUCUGCCCGCGGCGCCGACUCCGACUCCGACGAAGACUCCGAAGACGCCGUCGUCGACGACGAGGAGGAUGACUACGACAACGAAUCCUCCAUGCGCACAUUCACCGCAUCCAGGCUCAACAACAAACCCACCGCUCCCCGCAACUCCAAGCUCAAGUCCGAUAACCACUCCGCCUCUGUCAAAAUUGAGAACACCGACGCCGCCAAGGACGCCGGAACCGCCGUUAACGGUGCUUCAGGCGCUGGUGGAUCCGUUGCCGGCAUUGUGGUAAAGGAGGACGCAACUAAGAUAUUCACUGAUAAUUUGCAGACUAGUGGGGCUUACAGCGCCAGGGAAGAGAGUCUUAAGAAAGAGGAGGAAGCAGGAAAGCUCAAAUUUGUAUGCCUUUCGAAUGAUGGUGUUGAUGAGCAUAUGAUUUGGUUGAUAGGAUUGAAGAAUAUAUUUGCUAGACAACUCCCCAAUAUGCCGAAGGAGUACAUUGUCCGACUUGUUAUGGAUAGGAGCCAUAAGUCUGUAAUGGUCAUUCGGCGUCAUGUUGUUGGAGGCAUUACUUAUCGUCCAUAUGUGAGCCAGAGGUUUGGCGAGAUAGCCUUCUGUGCAAUUACAGCUGAUGAGCAAGUAAAAGGUUAUGGUACCAGAUUGAUGAAUCACUUAAAACAGUUUGCACGUGAAGAAGAUGGGCUGACACAUUUUCUCACAUAUGCUGACAAUAAUGCUGUUGGAUAUUUUAUCAAACAGGGAUUUACAAAAGAGAUUCACUUGGAGAAAGAGCGAUGGCAAGGUUAUAUAAAGGACUAUGAUGGAGGAAUUCUCAUGGAAUGCAAGAUUGAUCAAAAGCUCCCUUACACUGAUUUGUCCACCAUGAUCCGUCGUCAAAGGCAGGCAAUUGAUGAAAAGAUCAGAGAACUAUCCAACUGUCACAUUGUUUAUGCUGGAAUUGAUUUUCAGAAGAAAGAAGCGGGCGUUCCUAAAAAAAUUAUUGAUGAUAUCCCUGGCUUGAGAGAGGCUGGAUGGACUCCUGAUCAGUGGGGUCAUUCACGAUUCAGAAGUUUAAGUGGCUGUACUGACAAUGCUACAAAUCAAAAACAUUUGACUGCAUUUAUGCGUUCACUUCUAAAGUCAAUGCACGAUCAUGCUGAUGCUUGGCCAUUCAAGGAACCAGUUGAUGGACGGGAUGUUCCUGAUUAUUAUGACAUAAUCAAAGAUCCAAUGGAUUUGAAGACAAUGAGCAAGAGGGUGGAGUCAGAACAAUAUUAUGUUACAUUUGAGAUGUUUGUUGCGGAUGUCAGAAGAAUGUUUGCGAAUGCACGCACCUAUAAUUCUCCAGAAACCAUUUAUUACAAAUGUGCUUCAAGGCUAGAAGCUCACUUCCAAAGCAAAGUGACAGCUGGCCUACAGUCUGGCCCCAAAAUUCAGUAGGGGACACUUCAACAGACGCGUGCUCUGCUUGCUUCCUGUUGUCAUUACCUGUGUAUUUAUAGUGUUUGGAUACUAGUUGCAACGCUAAUGAACUUCCAUAUCAAUCUGUUAAACAAGUUUUGUUCAUUUUUAUCUUCGAGGGAUUCCAGGGCUUAUAGUGUCAAUGAAUAUCCAAACAUAGCCUUGUAAUUGUGUCCCUUAUAAUUAAUUCAACUAUGUCUAGAGUAUUAGAACCAAAUUUCCUUA